GCUGGGAAAAGCAAGAAAAAUCCCAAAAGUUAAUCCAAGAGUUAUUUCCUCCCGAUACCUGGAUAAAAACGCUUUCUUCGGAGCUCUUCAGGUCAGAUGUCAGAAAGACAGAUGAACCCACAUCAAAGAACAAGGUCUCCCAGGCAGCCGGCCAUGCUUGCAUCCUGCAGCAACAUGAAAGGAUCCCACUUGUUCCUCUACCUCUUCUCCAUGUCAUGCUGGCUGAAUUUGACGCCGACAGCUGGGAACAAAAUCUUCCACUUUGGACCCUGCAGGAUUUCAAUGAGCGUGACUGAGAUUAGGUCUGGUUUCACCGCAAUUAAAGCCAACAUCCAAGCCAGAGACCCCAUCAGGACCCUGAGCAUCUUGUCUUACCCGCACUCUCUGCACAGGGUUAAGUCUUCAGAUAGAUGCUGCAUCACCCAUCACCUCUUCAACUUCUACGUGGACAAAGUCUUCAAACACUGCAAGACCGAGGAUUCGUAUGUCAACCGAAAAAUCAGCAGCAUAGCCAACUCCUUCCUCAGCGUGAAGAGGAAACUUGGGCAGUGUCAUGAGCAAAAUAAGUGCAUGUGUGGACAGGAAUCCGCUAAGAAAUUUAAGCAAAUACUUGUGAACUACGAAGGGCUGAAUGUCACAUCUGCAGCAAUUAAAUCCCUGGGUGAGCUGGACAUCCUACUAGACUGGCUGGAGAAAUCUCGUUAG